AUGUCACUCACACCAAUACGAGCAUUCCUGAGAAGCUCAAAUAUACUAUCCAGGGCAAAACCACUCAAGUUUACUGAUUUAAAGUCAAUAAAGCUCCGUGCCCCCAUUCCACCCACCGUUAAAAACUUUCAAGUGUCACCUGAUCAUCCAUUAUGGCAGUUCUUCCCCAAUGGCAACAAAACCACAUCGCCUAUACGUGAAUCGGAAGAGUUAGAUUUAGAUUCUAGAGAGUGGACCAGUGCUGAGUUACGUCGCAAGUCCUUUGAGGACUUGCAUACAUUAUGGUAUCUCACUUUGAAAGAGAGAAAUGUAUUGGCAAGAGAAGUAAGAUUAGGGGAGAGUUUAGGCAUGGGGGAUUUUAGACAAUUUAAUAUGCUUGACCACAAGCUUAUAAAGACCCAGAAGAGGAUAAAGCAAGUGUUGUUGGAAAGGCACAUUGCAUUUGAAAGAGCUCAAGCUAGUUCUGGUGUCACCGCUGAACAACAGAAAUACCUUCAAGAAUUCGAAGAGAGAUACAUCACAUGUGAUGCAAGUGAAAUUGAUGAAAUGGAUGCUAAAUUGUUGCGAUUACAAUAUGCAUUUUUCGGUAUUGAACCAACAUUGGCUUUGGAAACUUUGAGCGAUGAUAUCGACCUCAACUUCAUCAACGGAAUAACAUACACCAGCCGAGUGAAACUAAAUAGGUAUUUGGAGGAGAACCCAGACACCGACUUUAGGUUGCCUUUGAAUGGUAUAAUGGAAGAAUUACCAUUCUUUUUGUAUGAUGUCGAUGAGGCUAUUGAUCAAGUAAACCAAUUGAGAGAAUCAGGACAGUCGCGUAAAUUAGACAAGAUUGAAGUGAUCCCAUUCUUGAAUAAUGCAAUUGGGAAACAUCUUGGCAAUGGAGAAGAAGAAACUGUGUAA